AGCCUCUUUAAUUAUUUUUAAAAAGAAAUACAUAAAUUGUCACAUAAAUUAAUCAUUGAUAAACGUUACACCAUUUUAUAAAAAAAAUAUUAAAACACAUAAAAAUGCAGUAAAUUAAGAUAAAUAUUACAAAAUUCCUUGGUAACAUGGACCAGCCUAUGACCAAAGAAGAGAGUUACGCGGAGAGAAGGCUUCUGUUCAAGAAUAUCUGGGAUACAGCGAUGCACAUUGAUGAAAAAGAUCCGGACAUUAUGUCUAAGCCCAAAGUUAUCAAAACUCUACGACUAGCCGAAGUUGACCGCUGUCCCGCCGGGAAAAAGAAGAAGCAACGUAUCAAGAAUUUAAGAACAGUUUGUAACAAAAUACUCGACUUCUGCGACCGGCAAGAUGCUGAUGACUUAUUUUACGAGCAGAUGGCAGCCGACGGCCAAGAACCUUUACCAAUCAAGAUUGAAGAAAAACCAAAAAAGCCGAAACAUGUUAAAAAUAAAGUCAUAAGGGCUAAAAGCAUGAUUUCGCCGUUAGAUACACAGCGUAGAAAAGGCGAAUUGCUAGCGACUUCGGUGAAUAAAACCUCUAGGAAUACUUCUCCAAUAAAAAUCAAACGGACUACAAUUGUGCGGAGGACUCAAGUAAAACGUGUAAAAACUAAACAAAGUCCAACGAGAGCUAUUUUAGAAACGUCGACAGCUGCAAAUUUGCUCCUUGAUGCACAAUCGUCUAAUGCAAAUCGUAGAGUUCUCAGAAAGAAAGUCAGUAGGCGAAAACGUCCAUCGAAUUCAUUGAUAUCUCCAGGGUCUUCUGUGAAAUAUAAUAACUUAGUCGCUCGUGUGUUAGGACGUACACUAUGUAAACCUAAACAACCUCUACAAUUACAUAAAAUAAAUAUAUAAUGUUACAUAAUACUUAACUUGAAUUCAAUAAAAAAAAAUAUAGAAU